CAGUACAGUGUUCAGGUGUUGUGUUCAGGUGUUGUGUUCAGGUGUUGUGUUCAUCCCUGUUGUGUUUGGUGUCUGAGACUACCGCGAGGUUAAACAACCGCUGGCUAAGGUUAAGAGAGGAGUUUACAUUGUGUUUGGUUCUUCUAUUUCAUCGACGUCAAGAACUGCUCUCAGCCUUGAACUUGGCCACACGUGCAAGCAGACGUAACUUGGAUUCUAAAAUUAGAUCAUUGACUCACACACAACAGAAGCACGUGAUACCCACUGAUGAUGAAACUCCACAUGUCAAGGUCGACUCACCUGUCCCCGUGUCUCCUCUUAUUGGUCAGUCUGCUGACCUUGAGGUCACAGGUCAUGUCCUUCAAAUACCACGACUUCUGCCUGACCCCGCCCAUAGACAUGAAGACCAGGUUCCCCCUGUACCGCCUUGAUGUGGACACAAAAACUGAGGGGGUGCCCUGGGCCUACCGUCAGAACAACACCCUCACAGUGUCAGUCAAGGCCCUCUACCAAAAGUACAAGAUCAAGCAGAUCUUUAUGUCGGUGCCGUCCAUGACAAAAGGUACACCGGAAGUUCCAGCCAGAAAGAUUCACCUGGGCGAGUGGAAGUGGGACAUGAAGGGCGGCGUGAUCCCCAUCGACUGUUCAGCGGCCAACCAGGGGUUUGGGGGUGCGGCCAACGCUGUGAGGAACCUGUGGUGGUACAAGGACGGCUUCUACAACAUCACGGGCGAGUGGGACCCCCUCAACACCAUCUACAACGCCUACAACAUCGACAUGAUACAGUUUGAGGUGUACGUGUCGCCAGACGAGGAGGAGACAAGCGCCCCCGUCCCCGCGGGAGCUGCAGGCCCCGCCCCCCAAGCCAUGCGCUGGGUCAAGUUGAUCUCAGACAAAUUCAUCAACUUGGAUUACAUCGACCUGCACAGAUAUCUGCGCGUCCACCCCCACGCCCAGUGGGUGCUCAGUGGCAUUGGAGGCAGCUGAACCCCAGCUGAACCCCACCCUCACAGGGGUCAGACAAAUGUACGGCCCUUUUGCCAUCACUCAGACGAACAACGGCCUCGCGGACACAGAAGUAUAAUUACAUCAGAAGUAUAAUUACAUUAGCAGUAUAAUUACAUCAGCAGUAUAAUUACGUCAGCAGAUACAAGUAUAAUUACAUCAGCAGUAUAAUUACAUUAGCAGAUACAAGUAUAAUUACAUCAGAAGUAUAAUUACAUCAGCAGUAUAAUUACAUCAGCAGAUACAAGUAUAAUUACAUCAGCAGACACAAGUAUAAUUACAUCAGCAGUAUAAUUACAUUAGCAGAUACAAGUAUAAUUACAUCAGAAGUAUAAUUACAUCAGCAGUAUAAUUACAUCAGAAGUAUAAUUACAUCAGCAGUAUAAUUACAUCAGCAGUAUAAUUACAUCAGCAGUAUAAUUACAUCAGCAGUAUAAUUACAUCAGCAGACACAAGUAUAAUUACAUCAGCAGUAUAAUUACAUUAGUAGUAUAAUUACAUCAGCAGAUACAAGUAUAAUUACAUCAGCAGACACAAGUAUAAUUACAUCAGCAGACACAAGUAUAAUUACAUCAGCAGUAUAAUUACAUUAGCAGUAUGAUUACAUCAGAAGUAUGAUUACAUCAGCAGACACAAGUAUAAUUACAUUAGCAGAUACAAGUAUAAUUACAUCAGCAGACACAAGUAUAAUUACAUAAGCAGUAUAAUUACAUUAGCAGUAUAAUUACAUCAGCAGAUACAAGUAUAAUUACAUCAGCAGUAUAAUUACAUCAGCAGAUACAAGUAUAAUUACAUCAGCAGACACAAGUAUAAUUACAUCAGCAGUAUAAUUACAUUAGUAGUAUAAUUACAUCAGCAGAUACAAGUAUAAUUACAUCAGCAGUAUAAUUACAUCAGCAGACACAAGUAUAAUUACAUCAGCAGUAUAAUUACAUCAGCAGUAUAAUUACAUCAGCAGUAUAAUUACAUCAGCAGUAUAAUUACAUCAGCAGUAUAUUUACAUCAGCAGACACAAGUAUAAUUACAUCAGCAGUAUAAUUACAUCAGCAGUAUAAUUACAUCAGCAGUAUAAUUACAUCAGCAGUAUAAUUACAUCAGCAGAUACAAGUAUAAUUACAUCAGCAGUAUAAUUACAUCAGCAGACACAAGUAUAAUUACAUCAGCAGUAUAAUUACAUCAGCAGACUCAAAAAUAAUUACAUUAGACAGAGUUAUAAUUUCAAUGCUAUUUUUUUUCUAACUUCUCCCAACAAACAAUUGGUUCGUUUAUUUUCUUUUUAAUGUGUUUUUCUUUACAUUGUUACUUGCAUUUUGUACACAUUAUAGAGGACACAAAAGUCUUCGCUUGAAAAAAAAAACCGGGGUAAAAUAAAACAUUUAAAAAUUAUUAUGAAGUUACAAGACAUCAUUAGGAAGUUACAAGACAUCAUUAGGAAGUUACAAGACAUCAUUAUGAAGUUACAAGACAUCAUUAGGAUGACUUUUAUUUGCCCCUAGGGUACAUGUUUUUAUAUUUCUACCAUCUACUUCACUAGUCUAGAACCCACAUGUUUGACACCGUUUUUUAAAAUAUCCAAUCCAAGUUUUUAAAAUGUCCAAUCCAAGUUUCUCUAACCAGGCCACAGGAAAUAAACUUUGAUCACGUGA